AUGGCCUCUUCCAACGGCGGCGCUCCAGCGCUGAACACUGAACCCGCGGACCCUGAAGAACGUGCUGAGCUCAAUCUACCUCCCAAGUCCUUUGCCGAUGCUGUGAGCCACUCGACCGGACAGAACGGAGUUGGCAGCAGCGAUUCUGGUGUGUUGCGCGCCGAGCCUGCAGACCCUCAAGAACGUGCUGAGCACCAUCUACCGCCGAAAUCUUACGCCGACAGUGUCGUGCAACCCGCUGCGACUGCCCGAAAUGGAGAUGGUCUCCAUGAGACUAACGGUGAUGGGCCCCAUCAAGGAGUUAAUGGCGAUGCGUUGAAACAGGACGAGGACAAGCUGGUGCAUGAGAAGUAUACAAGUGUUGAUGGGAAGACAUCCUUGACCAGCGUCAAGGUCGACGAGGAGCAUGAUGAGAGUUUGAAACACAGUCGGAAGAUUGCGCCUCGGGACAGCAAUACCAAGUUCAAGAAACAAGACACUCCCAAGGAGCUUGCGAGUGGCCGAAAGGCUGGCGCAGGCUGGAAUAGUAUUCGAUGGGCACCGCUCAAUGUCCCGCUUCAACGACGGUUACAGACCCUGGCGGUCUUGUGGCAUACCAUGACCAUCCCGAUCUUUCUCUCUCUCUUUUUCCUCCUCUGUGCCGUUCCUCUUACCUGGCCACUCCUCAUCCCCUACCUCAUCUAUACUCUGUUGAUCAGUGAAGAGGCAACCAACGGCACACUUUCGCGACGGAAGAAUUGGCUUCGCCGGUCGAAAUUCUGGUCUGGGUUUGCUUCAUAUUUCCCGGCCCGACUACACCGAACGGUCAGUUUGGAGCCUACAAGGAAGUAUAUCUUUGGAUAUCAUCCACACGGUAUCAUAUCCCAUGGCGCCUUUGCUGCCUUUGCCACUGAGGCCUUGGGAUUUUCCGACCUCUUCCCGGGCAUAACAAAUACUCUCCUCACCCUGGACACCAACUUCCGGGUGCCCCUCUAUCGAGACUAUGCUUUGGCCAUGGGAUUGGCGUCUGUUUCACGAGAAUCUAUUGAGAAUCUCCUAUCCAAGGGAGGACACAACGGUGAGGGCAUGGGUCGAGCUGUGACCAUUGUGAUUGGUGGUGCUCGAGAGAGUCUCGAUGCGCAGCCACAUUCGCUGAGGUUAGUAUUGAGGAGUCGAAAAGGAUUUGUCAAGCUAGCGAUCCGCCAAGGGGCAGAUCUUGUCCCUGUUCUGGCAUUUGGGGAGAAUGAACUUUAUGACCAAGUUGAUAGUGUCGAGCACCCGUGGGUUCACAAGGUACAGAUGGUGGUGAAAAAGAUGAUGGGUUUCACCAUCCCCCUGUUCCACGCUCGAGGCAUCUUCAACUACGAUGUGGGCUUGAUGCCGUACCGACGAGGGGUGAAUGUCGUGGUAGGCCGUCCUAUCAAGGUGGUCCAACAGGGCGGAAAGGACAACAAGGUCGACGAAGCAUACCUCGACAAGGUGCAUCAAGAGUAUGUGGACGAGCUGGUACGGUUAUGGGAUGGGUACAAGGACACAUUCGCUAGAGAUCGAGAAGGGGAGCUGGAAAUCGUCGAGUAA